GCAUACGCAUACGCAAAUAAGAAAUAAAGUGCAUAUAUACCCUCCAAUUUGUGAGAAUUUGACUGGCCUUUUGAGCAGCCUCGGAAAAAAAAUUACCUUGACAAUCUCGCGUCAAACACUCUUGUCUUAGUACGGUCGGUGUUUGUAUAACAUUACGAGGCUAUUUUUAGCACACAGCCUUAGUGUAGGCUAUAUUGCGUCCUGGAUGUAAGGUAAACACUUGUGACCUGCUAAAAUUUACUUUUUAUCUUGGUGGUUAAUAAAUCUUAGAUAUAAAAAUCAAGAACUAUUAUUGGCUGGUUUGUGAAAAAGAGAAAUAUAUUCAUGUAGGCCUACAUGUGUACAGGUAGGUCACCGAUUUGAUAAGCGAUAUACAUGGAUCUCUCACCGAUUAACAUGGCGGACAGGGUUGACAAAGAUUGGUUCAGUGUUCGCAAUGCAAAGCUGGAAGAUGCGGGCGACGUUUGGAGGAUAGUCCAAGAAGCGGGAUGGGUACCUUUUAGUCUGCAACUGAUCAAGGCAUAUAUGGAAAUUGCCAAAGACGGCUGGUGGGUAGCUGAAGUUGACGGGAAAGUUGUAGG